GACGCUCGAGCUGGAGGCAGAGCCGGAGCCGGAGCCGGCGUGGGAAUGGUCCCGGUGCGCGCUGGGCGGGCACGAGCAUCAGGGUUCAUUGAAAAAUCCUUAGUGAUAUUGACUAAGAACAUAUUGACAAGUUACAUAAUUUAGCCAAUGACUCGGAAUGAUGGAUUCCCAGAAGAUUGGAAAUGGUUUGCCAGUGAUUGGACAAGACACUGGUAUAGGGAUAUCUUCACUCCACAUGGUGGGGUAUUUGGGAAAAAAAUGUGAUUCAGCUAACGUUACAUCAGAUGGGUACUGUCCAGCCUGUAGAGAUAAGGGAAAGACCAAAACUUUAAAGUCUUAUCGAAUCAGUUUUCAAGAAUCUAUCUCUUUGUGUGAAGAUCCACAGUGCAUCUAUCCAUUGGGCUAUAAGUCACUAGAUAAUAUUAUAGUUUCUGUUGAUUUGGAAAAUUAUCAGCCUCCCCGUAAACAGCUGAAGAGGAAGAUCUUGGAAAGCAGCAAUGUUGCUUCAUCUUUGGAACCAAAUUUAAAGGAAGAUGGCAGCAACACUUUGUUCGACAGCAAGCGUACUGUGAACAGUGAGCUUGCUCACAGACCUGAUGGAUAUAAUUUGUAUAGAACUUCAUCAGAUUUAUCUGUUGUGUUACAAGACUGGCAACAGAACCCAAGCAAGGCAGCUGAAUCUUUGCAGCAUAAUGGGAUUUUGGAAGCUGAAAUUGCAGACCAGACUGCUGAAGAACAUCCUUUGAUGGUUGGCUCUCAGACUGAGAGUAUUCCAAAACCUGAAGUGGAUGCAACUAAAUUAGAAAUCCUACUGGAAAAUCAAUGCCUGCCAUUUACUGAAUCUCCAUGUCUUCAGUGGAGAAAUGCAUAUGCUCUUUGUUGGUUAGAUUGUAUUCUUUCAGCAUUAGUGCACUUGGAAGGGUUAAAGAGAGCUGUGACUGAACUAUGUCUUAAAGAAGAAUCUGUGUUCCAGCAGUUGUAUGCAAAGUAUAAUCAAGCAAGCCUGCUUUUGACUGCUCAUCAUUUCAAUGGAGCUAAAGAUGACAGUUGUAUAAAGAAUGUUUCAGAUAGACUUCGAAAGGCUGAGACUAACCUCAAUGAAGUCAGAAACAAAAUUUUUGCUAAGCUUCAACCAAAACUUCAUUGUAAGUUAGGUAAUAUGGAAAGUCCUGUGUUUGCAUUUCCCUUGCUUCUGCAAAUGGAACCUCUCAUUGAAACGCUCUUCAUGUCAUCUUUUUCUUGGAACUUUGAGUGUUUUCAGUGUGGAAACAAAUAUCAACAGAGGUGUUCAAAGAAUCUGGUAACCUUCACAAACAUAAUACCUGAGUGGCAUCCACUUGAUGCUGUCCAUUUUGGUCCAUGUAACAAUUGUAAAAGUAAAUUACAAAGAAGAAGAAUGGUCUUGGAAAAAGUGUCUUCAGUAUUUAUGCUGCACUUUGUAGAAGGCUUGCCACGUAAUGACUUGCAGUUCUAUUCGUUUCACUUUGAAGGCUUUUUCUACCAAAUAACUUGUGUGAUUCAGUAUCAAAUGAAUGAAAAACAUUUUAUAACUUGGAUUUUGAAUUCCGAUGGAACUUGGCUAGAAUGUGAUGAUUUAAAAGGAUCAUACUGUAAAAGACAUCAGAGAUUUGAAGUUCCUGCUUCAGAAAUUCACAUUGUUAUCUGGGAAAGGAACAUUUCCAAAACAGUAGAUCAAUCCAAUGUAGAAUUUCCAGUUAAAAAGACAGAAAGUUUCAGCCUCAGUGAUUCUAAACCAGAAUCUCUGGCUUUGUGUUCUGGUGGUGAUGCUGCCACUGAAAUGUUUUCAGCGUUUGAUCAGGAGAAUAUUCUAAGUGCUCCAACUACCGAUCCACAAUAUGUAGUAGCCACAGAUCAUGAGCACAGUUUACUUUCUGGUCUAGAAGAUUUGGUAGAUAAUGAUGUUAUAACUUUAACACUCACAGAAAUUCAUGUUGAUUCUGAGGGCAAUCUAAUUGAAAAUCAGCCAGUGAUAGAAGAUCAGUCCGUGAUAAGAGAUAAGGCAGUUGCUGAAAUGGACACUUUGCAAAAACAAGAAUUAGUGUUAGCUUCUUCACAGUUAGCUCCAUGUAGGGAAACACCUGUCCAACCUCAAAUUCCGCCUACUAGUAUCCUAAUUCAGAAUGCUAGUAUUGAUUUGAAAUUGGAUCAGCUGAAUGCAGAAAAUACUUCAGAUACUAUCUGCAUGAAUAACACAGUACAUGUGACUACUCUUCCAGAAGGAGAGAAGCCAUUACAAAUUCAAGAGACAAAAGUUAAUUUUUCUCCCAUUGCCUUGGAGAAGGGUGCUAUGUCAAAUCCAGUCCUUUCAUCAAAGGUUGAAAAACUUGUAUCAAAACAAAGUGUCUUAUCUCAAGUAUCUAAUUUGAAAACAGCAAAUAGUAUAGGAGAUUCCCAAAGUGUAGUCCUGGGUUCAACACAUAAUUCUUCACAAUCCCAGUCACAGAAAAAAAAGUUUGUAGGAAGUUGGGUAAAAGGAUUACUAAACAAGGGAGUUUCUUUUAUGCCAUCUUGUGCCUCAGCUAAUGAAAGAAAGGUCCGUUUGCAAAAGACAACUGACUUGAACUCUCUGGUUAAAAGGGCAAAUAAUUUUCGGGGCUUUAAACCUAAAGGUAUAACAAAUCAAACAAGUCCUCAAGCACCCAAGAAAACAUCCAGUUCUGCAUGCAACUCACUUCCAGUUCAUAACUCUUUACCAUCAAAUAUUAGUGCAUCCUUAAUACCUGAUGAAGUUCAGGAGGGUACAAAGGUUUUGACUAAAUCUUUGCAUAAAAGUGUUCAGCCCCUCUCUGGUGGGAUACCUCCUAAGCACAAUUUUAAUGGAAAUGAAAAUCACAUCUCUUCAGGGACAUAUGAGAGUCAAACUCAUAAACUUCGUCUAAAACUUCUUAAAAAACUUAAGGCAAAAAAGCAAAAACUGGCCACUCUUCAAGCUCUCCAAAUAAAUGGAAAUCCUCCAAAGAAAAGUACAAAACCCUUGUCCCAGGAUGCAUCUCCAAAUGAAUGUGAAUCACUGCAAGGCCUGUUAAUGGAACUCCAGGAUCAUAUCAAUGCCACAGAUAAUAAACCUAAGGGUACCACACAUUCCAGUAUUUCCCUGUGUAAUAGCCCAACUCAUGAAGAAUUUUUAGCAGAGUUACUGUCUUCUACUACAACUGUUGCCUCAUCAGAACUCCCAAGGGAUAGAGAAAAUGAUUGUGAGUAUUUGGAGAUGGUAGAUAACCAUAACAUAAUGCCAACAUCUGGUGACUUUGUCAGUGGAUUCUCUUCUGCAUAUCCUAGCAAAGACCAUAAUUAUUAUAGUCCUGUAAAACAAAGUCAGUAUGAAGUUCAAGUGGACUCACUAACGAAUAAUUCUUGUGCUAAAACAUUAAACUUGGAAAAUCCCCUGAAGACGGACAUUCUUGAUGAAUUUUUUUCCACUUCAGUAUUAAGUUCUUCAGCAGAUGACAUAGAAUAUUUACCUCAUUUUGAUGACUAUAUGUUUGAUAGUUGAAUGUUUGUCAGUGUUUUUAGAAUUUAAUAUUUGUAUUAUUGCUUUAGGAAAAAUAUUAAAUUAUGUUUUCAAAUAAACUGCACGCUGGCUGUGCUCAAAAUGUAAAUCAGAAACCUGGUUUGUGAAAUGUAUUGUUUGUUUGAACAAAAUGUAACAUACUAACGUCCUUAUUAUUUCCCAGAAAGCACUUCUGAUCUCUGAAUUAAAAUUAUCAAAAUUCUGUUUUAAA